UUUAUGAUCCGGGACGAGUACAAGAAGCUUGAUGAAUUCGUCACAGAAAAAGCGCCCAAAUAUGUACUGGUUAUUGGACAACCGGGCAUAGGUUCCAAAACUGUAUAUCUGACCUACUGUCUUUUGUCUCGACUUACCGAGAAAAAGCAGACGAUUUUGAUGUUAAACCCCAGCAAGUGUUAUUUAUUCCAGGACGAAGGCGUUUACAAAUUUCCACGAGAUUUGUACGACCGGACCGAUAAUCACGAGAUUAUACAACAACCCCUCGAGACACUGAUCCUGUAUGACUGCAACGCGAGUCAUUCAACC